AUGACGGCUUUCAUCAAACUGAGUAACGAGACAUAUUCAUCUACUACAUCAUCGGAUGAAAGGUUUGCUAACUUCAGUUUUACACCGAAAGCUGUUGGAGGAACCAUGAUCGUUUUUAAAGGCCUAAUGUCAUUGGCCAAUCCUAUUGGAGCUGAUCCAAUCAAGGCUGCGGUGAAGUUUUAUCGCAAUAACAACGACAAUACAGCGGGUGAUAUUUGGAGCCACAGAGCAUCGGUUUAUACCAAGAGUGCAGCGCUCGGAGAAGCAUUUGCUGCAGAGUUCAAAAACAUCGCAUUCCCUCAAUGUUUUAUGACCACGAUCGAAACGGUAUCAACAUUUAACAGGCAAUUCAAAAUGUCGGACGGUCAUAACCGGAAAUUGAGGAAAAACGAAAUCGCUGUAUUCGAAAGUUACAUUGAUGGACGUUUUCAAACAUUUAUUAAUGAAGAUGGUGUUAUACAAAAUGGAUGCCCUGAGUAUUUGGAGGCAUUCUGUCAUUACACUUAUCAUAAGUCACGUGGUAAACUGAUCGUUACAGGCUUAAAAGGUGUUAAAACAAACGACAAGUUCCAGUUAACUGCUCCGAUAAUUCACUCAUUGACAGGUACUUUCGGGUCUGAUGACUGCGGAAAGGAAGCAAUUUUCAAAUUCUUUCUUGGACAUACAUGUAAAAGCAGCUGUAAAACCAGCUGGCGUCAUCCACUAUCGUCACUUCCUUCUCUGAACCUAGGUCGAAUAACCAAUAUACUGUCAAGCAAUCGAAACGCAGGAUCAGCAACACCGCCACCGUCAUAUAAAUCUGUGAUUCAACUUGUUUGCGGAAACCAGUGUCACCGUUUCCGGAUGGGAGAUAACUCCGUUGUUGUGUUGCCAGAGCAUUAUCGUCAACAUGUACAGAAUGAAAGGGAGAUGGAUGUAUCGGAGAAUACGAUCUGUGUGUCGGACGCCGUUAGUUCUCUUCAAUGUGGAUAA